CUUUGUGCCAAAUGGAAAUACCCGUCGCGUUUCGAUAAAGCCUAUAAAGUGUAUUAAAACCCUGCCCAUGUCAAUAUUUUGUAUCCCUGUUAUUGUUGAAGGCGAAGGAAAUUAAAAUGGAAAGAGAACAUCGUAAACGAAAGUUGGACAACCGGACGUUCUCAUAAACUAACACCAGUGAAAUAUCCAAACGAUGAGUCACCAAACUGAGAUAGAGAAAAGAAAAUACCGAAAUUGGGUUAGAGGUGGAUUGGCAUAUAAAUAUCUAAAACAAGGACUGGAAGGCUUUGCUGAUGAUGUUGUUAAACAAAAUCAUAAAAGAAUUCUCAAGUCUAUAAAUUACAUACCUGGUACCAUCUGUAGUCGAUGCAGUAUUGGAAGUAUCCGGCCAUUACAUACAAGCAGAACAGAUUCUGUAGGUAAAAUUACGUGUCGAUGGGGUCAACAUAGGUGUAAUUGUUUACACACAAAGAAGGAAAAAUGCCGUCUUCAUAUUUGUGAUUACAUCAUGGAAGAAAUAUUAAAAACCCACGGAUCCACUCCGCCAACACCAAACUGGGCAAAUACAGAUAUACAAAAAUGGUGUACAGAACCAUGGGAGGUUGCCAAAUGUUUCAUAAAUUCACCUGGAUAUUCAGACAAGACAAAGGCUGCUGAUAUAGACAUAUCUGGAAUACUCCAUGUCUUCAUUAAUAAUACCAAUCUUCAUUCUCAUUUGGCAUGCUCUAUGACUGGAAAAAAUAAUUUCAUUAAGGUACGAGAAAGUAGAAACAAAUUAUUUCAUUCAGCCACCAUGGAAAUGGAAGACGGGGAAGUGGCUGAAUGCAUAGAUGAUAUAAUUGAAAUUCUCGAUGACAGAAAGCAACUCAAAGGAAGACUUGAUGCUCAACAAGCUGUUAACAAACUAAAACAGUUGAAAGAAAACAAAUUUGUUAUAACAACCAACAAUGAGGUGGAUGUAUGUAAAGAAGCAUUAAUGUUUGUGAGCAAAACAUCAGAUGAGUUAAAGCAAACGAUCGAAGAUGGGAAAAGGGAAGUGAAAAACGUCAUUGAUAAAGAUACGACUGCUGCUAGAGAAAGCAUACAUGAAGCUGUAAAAGAAUUUGACGAACACAGGGCAAUCCUAUAUGAAAGAGUCAAACACAUGGAAACAGACGUACCUAAAAAAGUAAAGAAAAUAAAAACGGAUGUUUCUGAAAGAGUAGGGAAAAUGGAAAAAGUCGUCAAUGAAAGAGUUAGGAAACUUGAAUAUGACGUAUCUGUUUUGAAAUCAGAUAUAUCUUCUAUGAAAGAACGACAGGCGUCUUUAGAGAACAAAGUUAAAGAACUAGACAGUGUACGUCAGAUAUACAGGAGAAGAUUAGAUUUCGUAAAAGAGAAACAAGAACUUCAAGGUGAGCUUGUUAAAUAUUACAAAAGGUAUUAUGUGAAGACAUCAAUAUCUCCUUUGAAGCAACAACAAGAUGUCAUCAACGUUAAAGAUGUAUAUGUACCUCCCGAGAUGGAAAUCAUCGAGGAAAAUCAAUGUGCUGAUAGCAAUAAUAGUAAGCAAAAUAUGUCAAAAAAGAAAUAUGUAAAAGGAUAUCAUGACAUCUUUCAAACGCAUAGGCAGCAGAAUAAGAAGAUCUAUAUAAUAGGCGAAGUUGGAACUGGAAAAAGUACUUUCUGUAAGAUGAUGAUUGAAAAUUGGUGUAACGCCGUGACUGGUGAAAAUAGAAAAACGAUUUGUGAAGGAAAUAUUACUGAACAAACGAACGCCAUAAUAAGCGAUAUGAAUAUGGCCAAUACUCGUACGCGGGAUGAUGAUGUCAAUCAGAUGGAACAAUAUGAAUUCCUUUUCUUUAUUCCCUUGCAAUAUAUGCCAUCUCUUAAGUCUGAUGUCACUGUUGAUAUGAUCAAGGAACUAACAAGAGACUUCACUUCCGAUACAGACUUGAUUGAAAGAAUAUUUCAAGAAGACUCGAGACGGUGUAUAAUCAUCGCUGAUAGCUUGGAUGAAUGGACGCCUCCUAGAGAAAUUGUGCGAAAACCACACAUUAGUUACGGAAUACCAAACGGAGACCGAGCUAAGGACGCAACUAUCAUUACAUUAUCUGGACCUUCGGCUAAAGGAAUACUUAACUUAAAAAAAUCAGAAGUUGACAUCAAGAUAAUUUUAACAGGUAUAUCUUAUAAAUCAUUGAAUUUGUUCAUCAUGCAAUAUUUUUCUCUCGCAAAGUCAACCAGAAAGUCCUACAAAGAUUUUAUGGCAAUUUUGAAGUCAAAACAAAUUAAGCAUGUUGAGAAGACGCCAUUGCUUUUGCAACAACUGCUUUGGUUAUACUGUAAUGGUAAAGAAAUAGGAAAAUCCGUGAGUGAAACGUUCUGUCUGAUUUUGAAUGCCAUCUUUUGUUGGUCAGACCACAAGAAAGAAGGACAUGAUUCACAUGCAAGUGAAACUGGUUAUGAUCACAAGGCCGAUAGCCUGCCGGAAGUAUUACAAAGAUUUCCGAGAUUAGGAACCAACAAACGUGUUCUGUUUCGUCUAGGAAGAAUUGCUUAUGAAACUUAUUUAUCUGAAAAGAUAAAAACAACAUUUGGUAUUUCAUAUCUUAUCAGAAAGGGUUUAUCGAAAGGUGAUAUCAAAGAGCUUACACAGUUUGGUCUCUUAAAUGAAAGCAACUGUUACGACCCAACGCUGAAAGAUACAAGAUUUGCUUUUACCCACUUUUCUUAUUUGGAGUUUUUCGUCGCUUUGUACUUUACCUUAUCGUACAGUACGGAACAAAGCGCGUCUAUUCCAGGCAAAGUAAACGACAGAAAACGUAUGGUUUUAAAGGAAUUCUUUGGUACAUGUACAUCAGCUAGUGACGCAUUGCAGUUGUCUAAUGUGAUUAAAAUGGUUUGUGGUUUAUCACCUAUUCUGAUAAGUGAUUUGUCUGCACGGAUAACAUGUAUUGCAAAUCAGGAUGAACACAUUUUACAUCUUAGGAAAAACAUGUAUCAAGAGAUAGGUUGGAAUGACGAGAUUGUUUUGAUACAGCGUCUUAUGGUAAAAUGUCUAAAAGAGUGUGGCACUGAUGACAAGACAAUAAUCAGCCUGAGUGACCUUUAUGUUGAUGAAUUUGAACCUAUGCCACCUCUGCACAGAAUCAAGCCAGAGGACGUGAUUUCUCUUACCAUUAAUUCCAAAUCAGUCGUUGAUUAUUUGGGAUUCACUACACAAUGCAGUGAACUGCAAUACAUGCACAUUUCACAUAUUUCUUUCACAGAAAUGCCAGAAUUGACAUCAUUAUUACAACAAGUAUUCGUAAAACAGCUAACAUUGAAUAAUGUACCAAGUUCACUUCCUAAUUCUGGUUUUCUACCUGUUUUUAUAAGUGACCUAUCUAAACAGAACAAGCUUCAGAUUCUUAAAAUGGCUUACUGUAAGAAUUUAAAAAUUUCUAACCUCAACACUGAACAACUUGAACAGGUACAUAUUAAAUGUUGCACCGAGAUAUUAGAUUUUGAUAUUUCAUCAAAGGCAAGUAGACUGACUGAACUGCAUGUUGAAUCUUAUACUGGUGAUUUGGUGUCACUGCCAUCAGUAUUGCAACAAGCACCAUUAAGACAACUGACAUUAUAUGAUGUAAAAUGUAGCCAGCGGCACAAACCUGAUACACCUAGUAUCCAUAAUAAACUUCAUUAUAUUGAUCUCUCUAGACAGAAUAAUCUCCAAAACCUGAAAUUUGAAAGAUGCUAUGAUAUAGUCAUUACAGCACUUAACACUGAAAAACUUGAAUACGUUGUCGUUGACAAUUACAAUAUAUCAGACUUACAAUUAUUAUCAAAAGCUAGCAAACUCAUUGAGCUUCACCUAGAAACAGUAAAUAUAAAUAUAGAAUCUUUGACACGCCUUUUACAACAGACAUCUUUAAGACAACUGACUUUAAUACAAGUAUCUGAUGUUAAAUGUGAUAUGCCUGUCAUAGAUCUUUCCAAUCAGAGCCAUCUCCAGAAACUAGUGUUGAUGGAAUGUGAAAAUAUAACGAUAGCCAAGUUGAACACUGAACGCCUUGAAUUGCUUCAUUUUUCACCCGAUGUACUUGAUUAUUCUCUAGUAUUAGAUGCAAGCAGACUGAGUGAACUUUUCAUAAAUAGUGAAAACUUCAAAAUAAAUCCUUUUCAAUACACCAAAGAAGUAAGCAAAGUAGUACAUUCGUUGCAUCAACUGAGAAAACUGAAGUUUUGGUGUAUCAAUGUUGAUGAUAAUGCGCUCACUGUAAUACCGGAGAUGAAAAGUCUUACAGACAUUGAACUAUGCACAUAUAAUUGUAUCACUUUGGAGACGUGGGGUACCUUUCUUGAUAGUCUUCUUACUCUUGAACAAUCUGUUAUGGUCAACUUACACGCUGAAAAUACAUAUUUAUACACACUCCAGGUUGCUAAACAUCCUUUGUUCGAAGUGAUUAUCGAUAGAAAAAGAUCACUUCACUUUAAAAGAAUAGAUUUAUAUAUAUAAUGUUACGUAACAUUUUGUAUGAAAUUGAAGAAGAGAACAGAUCAUACAGUAUGGACUAUAUUAAUUUUCAUGAUUGCUUUCUUUUUAAGUAUUGAAAAAAAUCUUUAUUUUCUUAUUUUAACAGACAUAGCAGUGUCCACAUGGUAAUUAAGUAAUGCACAACAUAUCACUCCUGGUUACGAUGGUCACUAUCAAUCAAAUGCCGAAUGAUAGCUAAGAAGAAAAUCAUUUCUUUCUCUUUAAAGAUAGUUGGAGAAUUUUGUUUUCACUUAAAAUACUAUUGAUAUUUAAAAUGUGUUUCUCCUAGAAACAUGACUGUAUAUCUUUGUUUAGUAAUUUUUUUUUUUGACUGUAUAUCUUUGUUUAGUAAUAUUUUUUUUCCAGAAAAUAAUUAAUGACAUUCAGUUAAGUAUAAUCUUAUAUGUGCAAUUUGCAAUUAUGCUGAACUUAAAUUCUUUGAAUUUGACAUAUUUUAUGAUAUUUUCUUGAUUAUAUCAGGAACUGAAAAGCAAACAUGUCGAACGUAUCAAUAAGCCAAGCCACUCAGUGCACGUGUUUUAUGUAAUAAACUGGUCUGACUCUCUUGUGACAAUUCAGUCCAGCUGGGUGACGAUAAAAUCACAUAUAUGACAAAAGCAUGAAAAAUCAUCAAUUUUUGUCAAGUAAAUAUAUUUGGUGUUUAUAUAUUUGAGUAUGUUUGUGAGCGGUUGUUUGCACUUGACAGUACCGUCCAUGAACAGGCUCAAUCAAAUUGACCUUUUUCAAUUUUGCCGUUUUGGACUUUCUUCAUGGAUUCUUAUAUUUUGUAUUUGACUGAAAGAAAGGAAUUAACAUGCUGCUGACUUGGCAGUCAAAUCGAAUCAUUUUGAUUGGUCAAAUCGAUAAUUUCUUAAUUCAUAGACUGCACUUCAUUGAUUGAUUUCAUAAUUUCUUGUUAUUACUAUUGUUUUUCAUUGGUUAAGUAUUUGUUAAGUACGUGUUUUAUUGAAAAUGUCUAAAAAUAUAAGGAAUUAAUCAAAGAGACAGACAUAAAACAUGUAAAUGUACAUGUACAUGUUUUAAGCGAUGGCUUUCUGUUAUGCUUUUUAAUGUUCAAUUACUGUUAACAAUUGUUUGAUUUAUUAUUGUAAAUAGUCUGAGUAAAAGCUAUACUAAAACCAAAUAAGGCUGUGUGCUUAUAUUUUAAACUAAAGAAUGUUUAGAUGUAUCCUGGAGAUAUGUUAUUACACGUUAAUAGACUAUGAAACAACAGAGAAAAUCGUAUAACCAAAACUUAAAAUGUACUGUUUUAUAUAAAUACAUUGAACAUGUUUGUCAUGUAAGAUUUAGGUUCCAAUCGAGCGUUCACAACGGAAAGCUCCG